UUCUCAUAAUUUGAAAAUCAAAUAAAAAUUAUCAACUUAUGCAAUUACAUUAUUUAGCUACAAAUCAGGAAAGCUUACUGGAAGAGAUUUGCAAUGACGGGAAACAAACGCAGGCGCAGUUAAAGUAUUGGGGUUUGUGGUGGUGGUGGUGGUGAACGAACGGAGAACGAUAGCAAGCCUGGUAAUCAAUGACACGCCAGGGUGCUUAGAUAGAAGCAUUUCUAUAGAAUCGAGAUAGUACGCGUUCCUCGCACGCGUAGAACGGUACACUUCGUUCUCGUUCGGUCAUUUAACGAGCUUCUUCUAAAGCUUCUCAAAAGGAAGAGGAGGAACUCAGAGUAGUGAAAAACGUUUAACACAUUUUCCAACAAACGUACACCACACAACUCCUAAUCCAUCCGAAUAUUUUACCCAAUUUAUUUGUAUUCCUUUGUUUCCUAUUAACGCUCGUCAACACAUUUCUAUUUGUUUUUCUUUUUUAAAUGAGAUUUUCAAAACGUGUUAGAUAAACAAUAUAUUGUUAUUAGAUUUUCGUUAAUAGGGCAGCCAUAAAACGUACAAUUCAAGAAUAGAAGUUAAGAAAAAAAGCGCCGUUAAUUGUCAUCAAUAAUUGUUGACCGAUUUUGUCCUGAAUUUUUGUUCCUUUCUUUUUUCUCUUCCUUCCUUCCUUUCUUUCUUUCUUUCUUUCUUUUCUACCAGUUCUUAUUAUUCUAAUUUUUUCUUGUAGUUCUCUUUUUCCUUUAUGUAUAUAUAUAUUGUACGUAGCAUUGUGUAGUAACGUUUCUCGACGUUAUUGUUUCUCAUUCUGCGUGGUUGACAAUAAAAUAAAAGGUUGUGGAGAGAGACCAUGUACAAUGGAAGGUUCAAAUUUCGAACGCAGCGUAAACUUCGAGGAGAACCGUAAAGAAGAGUGCGAGCAACAGCAAGGUUGCAGCGUCGCUGGUGGAUGCGGUGAUUCAGCAUCAAGUUGUAGAUCUUUAGAAACAAGUGGUAGCGGUGUAGGUUCUGGAACUGGUACUGGUAUCGCUACCGGAAGUACAGGAGGACCUGGUGGUGGUGGAGGAGGAGGUCAGGGACAUGGUUCUUCUUUAAGUCAAACUCAACCUACGUGUAAUGUGACUACACCUUCUGUAGCUUAUCAACAAUCCAGACCGAACAAACUCUCCGCUUGUUAUGCAUCCUGUUGUGCAGAAUCUGCAAAAAAAAUAUAUUUUGGCGUGUGUGUUACAAUAUGUGUGACAGCUAGCUGGGUUGGAGCAACUCAUUGCAUAAAAUAUUUAUACUUUCAUAAACAAACGAGCCCUAGUUAUACAUCCGCAUCAAAUGUCUCCGUUACCGAGCCCCGUCAUCAGCAUACUGUGCUUCCAUACAAUGCACCCUUCUUCACAACAUGGUUCUGCACGAACUGGGAAGUAUUAUACUUUCCAGUUUAUUUCAUUUGCCGAGCAGUUAGAACUAAAUGUACGACGCCAUCAGAAAUAUUAGCAGAAAGUCUUCGUGGAUUUCGAGACAAGGGUUUCACUGGUGGACGUUUCCUCGUUAAAUGUAGUCUCUUUUGUGGACUUUGGGUUGUUACUAAUUACAUGUACAUCUACUCAUUAAGGAUACUUUUGGCUACUGACGUUAUGGCUUUGUUUGCUACCAAUGUUUCCUGCGUUUAUCUUUUAUCUUGGGUGAUCCUUCACGAACAAUUUGUUGGAGUUAGGAUAGUAGCAGUGAUCCUGUGCAAUACUGGUAUAGCUCUUUUAGCUUACAUGGAUGGUAUAACAGGAAGUCCCACAUUGGGUGGCGUAGUACUAGCAACAACAGCAGCAGCUGGAUCUGCUGUUUACAAAGUGGUAUUUAAGAAAGUUAUAGGAGAAACGACUUUUGGCCAAAUGUCAUUAUUCUUUUCUCUGAUUGGUCUUUGCAACGCUGCCCUUUUAUGGCCAAUCUGUUUGGCCCUUUAUUUCUCGGGUGCUGAAAGCGUAAAUUGGACUCGAUUACCAUGGGCAGCUCUUUUGUCAGCCAGCAUACUUCAUCUAGUUGCAAAUAUGUUAGGAAACUUCAGCAUCGCACUUACUUAUGAUCUAUUCAUUACACUUGGUCUGAUAACUGCUGUUCCUGUUUCAGCAGCUCUGGAUGUCGUUCUGUAUGGAGCGCACUUCAUGGGCAUGAAGCUGGCCGGAAUGAUCUUCAUUGCUGUCGGCUUCUUUCUCGUGAUGUUCCCAGACAACUGGCCCGAUUACAUAACAAGACUCCUUCGUACGACGCAGUGCCAGCCACGAAGAACAACAGUUAGGAGCAGAAUGAGUCAACAAUGGCAGUAUAGGUUGAGGAGCUAUGGGGUUGCGAGCUUGCAUGGGGAUGGACAAACUCUUCUCCCAAUAACUGCUAAUAACAACAACAAUAACAACAACAACAACAGCAAUAACAACAACAACAACAACCAAAACACUGCCACCAGCUCGAAUUUUAACAAUCGACAUGUUAACACAUCGUCUCAACAGAACAGCUCGACCCCAUCUUCCGAAUCCCAAUCGCACCGGUGCUUCCCUAUCCCAACCACGAUUUCAACCUCGACCUCGACCUCGACCUCAACUGCCAUCGUCACCAACAACCAUCGUUGAUUGAUCAUCGACGUCUUCUAGGACGCAGAAAGAUGGAGUAGGAGACAUAGGCAUAUGCCAGGUGGUGCAUCUCGUGAUGUGAUAGAUUAUCGAACAGGAUAUAUUAAGUCUCAUCUA